UUCCUUCCCCGGCGAGGACACAACGUCCGCUAAGCUUAAACACGGUCCAGCAAGACCAUCAGGCUGCUGUCAUGGAGAACCCCCAGAGCUCGGCUCCCAAGACCACCACCGUGAUCGACAUCCAGAUGGAGAUGCCCAUGCGGGACCACAUCGUCUGGUCCCUGUUCAACACCAUCUUCUUGAACUGGUGCUGCCUGGGCUUCGUGGCCUUCGCCUACUCUGUGAAGUCCAGGGACCGGAAGAUGGUGGGUGACAUAAUUGGGGCCCAGACUUAUGCCUCCACCGCCAAGUGCCUGAACACCUGUGCCCUGGUCUUGGGCCUCCUGCUGACCGCUGUAUCUGUUGUUCUUCUGGUGAUUGCCUAUACUACAGCCUACAGUAUGAUUUUAAAGGUUAUGAAGAGUGGUGGCUACCAUUAGGAGCUCAUGGCCAAGGACCCCAUUGUCCACCAUGCGCUACUGGCCCUGCUCCGGGGCUCUGGCCCUGCCCCUUAGCGCCCAGCCCUUUGCACUGUGUUUGCAGACCUGCCGGGCUACAGCUGAGUUCAAUAAAGUGCACUUGCGUGUGA